AAUUAUUUUUCGGUGAAAAUUUCUAUCUGAAUAUUUAUUAUUAACAUUUAAAAUGAAACUUUAUUAUGAUUUACUUAGUCAACCAAGUCGUGCCAUUUACAUUUUCCUGAAGCUCAAUAAAAUUCCUUUUGAAUCAAAUGUUGUAAAACUAGGAAGAUUGCAACAUUUGAAGAGUAGCUUCAAAGAUAUUAAUCGAUUUAAGAGAGUGCCAUGUAUUGUUGACAAUGAUUUUCAUUUGGCAGAAAGUGUCGCUAUAUUCAGAUACAUUGUUGCAACAAAUCCUACAAUCGCUGAUCAUUGGUAUCCAAAAGAUGCAAAGGAACGAGCGAGAGUUGAUGAAUAUCUUGAAUGGCAGCAUAAUAAUACAAGAGUUGCAUGUGCUGGAUAUUUCAGAGUAGCAUACAUGUUGCCAUUACUUCAAAGAAAACCACCAUCGAAAGAAAAAAUCAAUAAAGCAAAAGGUCACAUGGUGAAAGUUUUAGAUUUGAUAGAAGAUGUUUGGCUUCAAGACGAGUCGAAACGUUUCCUAGCUACAAACGAAAUUUCAUUCGCUGAUCUUAUGGCGGCAUGCGAAAUAGAACAACCACGAAUUGCUAAUUAUAAUCCUUUCGAAGGACGUCCAAAUCUCACGAAAUGGUAUGAACAAGUAAAGCUUAAAACUAAUCCAGUUUAUGAUGAUGCAUCAGCAUACGCCUACAACUUGAUUGGGACUAUGGAUAGAUCAAGAUUAUAUAAAAUAUUGAAGCUAUUCCUUUCGUAUAGAGUGAAAUAUAUUUAGCUUGAUAUUUAGAAAAAUUGUUUUUGCCAGUCGAUAGCACAUAAAUUAUAAAAUAAAACAAAUUUCAUAAAUUUUAUUAAACUUUUAUUUUCACGGUUCUUAUGUUAUUCAUCCUUCUGUUUGUAAUCUUCUUUUAUGUGAGUUUAUGUAUCAUAAAGUUAUGCAAGUGAACCCUCAUAAAUAUUCUUUACUGUCAUCAUGAUAAAAUUUUCUCUUCCAAAUGUUUUUCAUGUUCAAAAAUGACAAAUCAGAUUGUAAAAGUUUUAAUUAACAAUCUCUGAUAUUCAACCUAAUUUCAUUUUUCAGAUAAAUUUCUAUGAUUUGUGCAAUUUAUCAGCAAGGAUGAACAUCCAACU